AUGGACAAUCUUCCACAAAAAAAGAGCGGAAGACGAAAACUAGACCGGGGUUUGCGAACACGCAACAAGGGACAAAUUAUACGAAGGUGGAUUAUUCCAAAGGAGGGUAAUCUUCGCCUGCGCUACUCACGGAAUCCUGAGGUCCUCAAUGCUUGGUUUUCACUCAACCAAUCACUGCACCGCUUUUUUGUAGUACGCCUGCCAGCCCUCGUCAACCAGAUGGCCUUGACCAGAUGCCGGCGUUCCAUAGUCCUCCGGCACCUCUACCUCUUCGUUGCGUACCUGGACCAGACAAAGGACUUCUGGUUCACCUCCACCCCCCCGUCAACGCCGGGUCCCACCAUCGAGCCCCUGACCCCUGACGAUGCGUCCCGCAUCAAGCGCAUCCGCAAUGCCUCCGCCGCCUCCUCCGGCUCCUCCACUCAUCAAACGUCUAUUAGUAAAAUCAGAAGUGGUGCAAAGAUUGUCCCUCGCCGUGUCACCGUGCCUAGGCUAAGAGGCGCCUCCCGCAAAAGACCGACGCCUGAGUUGAGGACGCACUCCACGUCAAGUACGAUUCACCUCCUAUUCGUGAUGCUUGAGUUUCGCUUUAUCCGGUGGCGUCAUUGUAUUGUCUUGCCCCAGCACCGCGUGUGGUAUUUUUAA